CGGGCGGCAGUGGAGCGGCUAUCUGGCCGAGCUGGUGCCUGCUGCGUCAGUCGCGUCGAGGAUGCGCCGCCCGCAGCAGCAGGUGCCGGGGACCGCGCCGCUGGCCGUGCUCCUGGCGGCCGCUGGCUGCGUCGCCCUGGUCGCCGCUGAGCCGCCCAGGCUGCAGGAUGUCUGCUCCCGCGAGCAGGGCAACGUCAGCUGCACCUGCUCCCAGCAGCACCCGGAGAUCGAUGUGGUGUCUAACGACACGGGUUUCCUGUCGGGUGCAUAUAUGAUCACGAUCGAGAACUGUUCCGUGGUGAAACUUGGGGCGCACACACUGGAGAAGGCAGCUGGACUCCAGAAGCUCAGGGUGCUGAAUGUGUCACACCUGGAGCUGGAGUCGAUACUACCCAAAUCGCUCAGGGAGCUCGUCCUGUCAGGCAUCGGCGAGCUCGCCUCCAUCCCAGUGGCCAUAUUCCAGGAAAUUGAGAAAAUGGAGACGUUAAUCACACGAGACGUCGCAUUUAAAGAGCUGGAAUCUCAUUUUCUUAAUGGGAUAACACUGAAUUAUACGGAAAUAGCAGGAUGCCGGUUUCCGAACCUCAGCAGCGAUUCGUUGUAUAUUGAGAGCCAGCAGGCGGUGGUGAAGAGCAACAAAUUCGGCGGCCUGAGCGCACGCGCCCUGACGGUGCAGUCAGAGGACGCUACCGUGUCGGAUAACACCUUCGCGGCCCUGGCCAGCGGCAGCAUACGGUGGCACCACUGGUCCCAGGGAGGAAAGUCGAAGCUGUCGUUUCAGAGGAAUACCAUCCAGGCGCUGGAGGCUGGCGCGCUCUCCGGACUGAGAGCCAGCGAGAGCUCGACGUCGAUCUCCGACAACGUGCUGCUGUGCCUUGCUGGAGAGUACGAGCGCUGCAGGGAGCUGGCCGUCUCCGGCGACCUGCGAGUGUGCGACGCCGAGGACGUGUGUCGCUACCGGAAGAGGACCGGCGUGACGGAGGCGCUGGCCAAGGCGCGCGGCUGCGCUGCACGCAGCCCGCUGUCUGCAGAGCAGUGCGCCGUGCUCGCGGUGGGCAACAAACCCUCUGGGGCGGCCUGUCAGCACGCUCCAUCCUCCGUGGUCGGCGUCGCAGCAGCCAUCGCUCUGCUGGCGACCACCUGGUUCACCGUCUAGCUGCCUGUGCUCAAUGAACGCCCGGACGGCCAACUAGACUAACAGACACGCAGUGUCUCGCUUUAACCGUGAAGGACAGUGCAACAAGUAACGAUGAUUUGACCUUAAUAAAUUUGUUGAGACCAACACGACUUUACCAUGAAGUAAAAGGUGUACCUUCCAAUAAUUGUUUUCUGUAUAAUACAAUUCAAAACGUGGGCCAGAACCGUCAUUCUUCCUUACGAUGGGUUUCACUACCGUUAAGAAUUUGGCUGAGGUUGAAACCAUUUUUCUGCCAGGGCUGUCGUCAGAGGUUUGUAAUAUAUUAUUGACAUCUUUCGGCUGUUGCGCCAUUGUCGAUCGAUAUCUGAAAUAUGAGAAGCAGACCUCGACUGUAUUGAGAUGCAGACUGUCAUGUACGUUAAAAUGUUAUAACCAUAAGAAUUUUCGAUACGUAAGAGGAAACAAAUCGUGAGGUAAAACAUUAAUAUAUAUUUGAAGAAAUUCAUGUUACCGGCGUAAGCAGCUUUUAGGAGCUACUACUUUAUUGAAGUCUGGCUUCGGUUGGAAGAUCUAUUUCAAAGAAAAAGUAAAAAUAUUUUAAAAUAAAAACAACUUUACUAAAAAGAGCACAAAAAACACUGGACAGUCACUUGGGACAGUCAUUUAGGUGAAUAUCAAUUUGGUUGUAGGAAGGGAAGAUCAUAUCCCGAACAAGUAUUUAAUUUGAAGUCAGUCACGCACCACAGAUUACCGAACUCAAAAGAUAUUGUAGUAAUAUUUGUCGAUCUUAGAAAGGCCUUCUAUUUCGUUCACAAACUAUAACUAAAAUAGUCCAAGAAUUAGGUGUAAAGUCUGAAUUAGCAAAUCUGAUUCAUAAAACACUCACAGACAUAAUAUUUAAAGAGAAAAUUCAUGGCAGAAAUAUCAUAGUCCUUCGAAACAAACACAGGUGUAUGACAUAGUGAUGGGCUAUCCCCAAUUCUUUUUAACUGUAUUCUAGAAAAAAAAAACAGGGGGAAUUUGGAAAAAGGAACUGAGUGAGUAUAAGAAUUCUAGAAUAAGGUUGGGAAGAGAAAACCAAAAUAUUGGAAUAAACUGUCUUGUAUUUUGUAGGUAAGUUUCUGAAAAUGUGACAUCCGCUGUCACACAAAUUAAUCUCUUAGAAGAAAUAGCCAGUAGAAUUAGCUUAUGGUUUCUUUCAGAAUUUUUUUUACAUAAAUUACAAACGCAAGCUGGAGCCAUGGAUUAAGAAGUAUGUAGAAAAAAUAACAUAAAAGCUGAAGAAACAACUGGCAGAGAAGUGUUUAGGGAAAAAAUACUGAAUGCGGAAGGAUUCCAAGGCAAAAGAAUGCAAAACAAGCAGGUGUGAAGUGGGCAUAAGACACGAAGAAAAGAAA